UUACUAUCGGCGCACAUACUGCCUACAGCGCUGGCCAGGGAUUAGUUCAACGCUCCGAGGAGCGAGAGCUUGGACCGUUAUUUUUUCAACAUCCCCAUCUCUGAGGUAUCAAGGAUGCACCCCGGAAAGGUUCAGACUGUCUCCCGAAGUAAGAGAGGAGUUUUGGAUGUAAUUUUCGUAGUUUUGUUGGUUUCUGCGGUUCACUCUUAUAACAUCGACGCCGAGCACCCGUUAGUGUUCCGCGGACCUGAAGGGGCGUUCUUCGGGUUUUCCGUGCUACAGCACCACUACGACAAUAGCCGCUGGGUGCUGGUGGGCGCCCCCAAGGCUAACUCAACCUACAGUACCUCUGUACGGACCCCGGGAGCCGUCUACAAAUGCCGAAUACACAGCAACCCCGACCGCCGCUGUACAGAGAUGGACCUGGGCAGAGGGAACAAAAGGGAAGCCUGUGGGAAGACUUGCCAGGAGGACCGGGAUGAUGAGUGGAUGGGAAUUAGCUUGGCCCGGCAGGACAAACCCAAUGGAAGAGUGCUGGCCUGUGCGCACCGUUGGAAGAAUGUCUUCUAUGAGUCCGAGCAUAUCAUGCCCCACGGCUAUUGCUCAGUUAUCCCUCCCACACUUCAGGGCAGCACACGCUCACUCAUCCCCUGCUACGAGGACUAUAAGAAGACAUACGGGGAGGAGCACGGAUCGUGUCAGGCUGGGAUUGCUGGUGUCUUUACAGAGGAGUUGCUAGUGAUGGGCGCUCCGGGGUCGUACUACUGGACUGGAACAGUAAAGGCACUCAACUUGACUUCAGAUUCGUACUACUCUAUCAGUAAAGGCGCGGCCAGCUCUGAGCGAUACAGCUACCUCGGAUACGCUGUCACAGCUGGACACUUCUCCUCGGCUACGGCUACUGAUGUCGUUGCUGGGGCCCCUAGGGACGGAAACCAGGGAAAGGUUUACAUUUUCAAAAUAGAAGGGUUAUCUCUGGUGAAGAUUUUUCAAGCUUCAGGGAAAAUGAUGGGCUCUUACUUUGGCUCCUCAUUGUGUGCAGUUGACCUGAACCAGGACGGCCUGUCGGACCUGCUGGUGGGGGCACCGAUGCACAGUGAGGUCAGGGACGAGGGCCAGGUGGCCGUCUACCUGAACAGGGGCAACGGGUACAUGGAGGAGACCGGGGUCCUAACAGGGGACAGAGCUUACAACGGCCACUUUGGAGAGUGCAUCUCCAUGCUGGGUGACAUCGAUGAUGAUGGUUAUGAAGACGUGGCAGUUGGAGCUCCCAAGCAGGAUGACUACACUGGAGUAGUAUACAUUUACCAUGGUGACAAAAAUGGGAUUGUCAGCACUUACUCCAUGAAACUGACCGGUCGCAGCAUCCACCCUUCCCUACGCAUGUUUGGUCAGGCAAUCUCUGGUGGUGUGGACAUGGACCAGAACGGUUACCCAGAUGUGACUGUUGGAGCCUUCAUGUCUGACAGUGUGGUGUUACUCAGGUCGAGGCCUGUUAUUACUGUGGAUGUGUCCAUACUUCUGCCCCCAUCCAUCAACAUCACAGCACCGUCGUGCCAUGAUGGCCCUCAGCACCUGAAUUGCCUGAACGUCACCCUGUGCCUGAGUUUCCGAGGGCUGCAGGUACCAGGCCACAUUGAGUUGCUGUACAACUUGACAGCUGAUGUGGAGAAGCGGAGGAGAAGUCAGCCCACGAGAGUGUUAUUUGCACUUAACGGGGAGCUGAUUGGAGCUGUGAGUGAGAAGAUCCACCUGAGCAUCAAGCAGCCGGUGUGUCAGCCCUACGUGGCCUACGUCAAGAAAGAGGUGAAGGAUGUCUUCUCGCCCAUCGUGUUCGAAGCGGCCUACAGCCUCGGUCAGCACUUGCUGGGGGGGUCUGAGAGAGAGCUGCCCCCGCUGACCCCAGUGCUUCGCUGGAAGAAGGGCCACCGCAUUGCCCAGACCAACAUGACUUGGUUUGAGAAAAACUGCCUAUCUGAGGAUUGUGCUGCAGAUCUCAGACUACAAGGUGAACUGCUGGUUCUUGGAGUCCACAGAUGGCCCUACCUGGCCCUCGGAGGAGUCAAGAACAUCUCCCUUAACCUGUCCGUCUCCAAUGCUGGUGAUGAUGCCUAUGACACCAACAUCUUCUUCAAUUUUUCUAGGGAACUCUAUUUCAUCAAGAUGUGGCAGAAGGAAGACAAGGGCAUUUCCUGUGAGCUGCUGGAACUAGACUUCCUGAAGUGCAGUGUGGGAUUUCCCUUCAUGAGAGCACAGACCAAGUACCAUUUGGCUGUGAUCUUUGACACCAGCCAUCUUUCUGGAGAGAAUGACACCUUAGAGUUUCAAGUUACUGCAAAGAGUGCAAACCCAGAAGAUGACAGCAAGCUUGCAGACAACACGUUGGAGCUGUCUAUUGAUCUAGUCCAUGAAGUGGACACAACCAUCACCGGGAUGGUGACACCAGCUUCAUUCGUAUAUGGGAACUCAGUCGAUGGCACUAACUUCGUACAGCUGGAUGACAUGGAAUGUGACUUUCAGCCUUUCAACCUCACCUUUCAGGUGAUAAACAAUGGACCCAGUCGCCUUCCUGGGGCUCUGGUGGACAUCCGCAUCCCCAACCGCCUGGCAGGCAAUGGAGCUGAUAUGUUCCAUGUUCUUGACAGCCAGGUUGCAGGGCACCAAGGCAACUGCACCCCCCACCAUAACCCUAUGCCUUGCAGCAUACCCCAGGAGCGAGAUAGCAUCUUCCAUACAAUCUUUGCCUUCUUCAUCAAGUCUGGUCGGCGUGUGCUGGAUUGUGACCGCCCAGGCCGUGCCUGCCUCAUGAUAACCUGUGCUGUUGGCUCACUGGCCAAAGAGGAGUCUGUGAAUGUGGACCUGCGAAUCCUGCUUAACACAGAGAUCCUGAAGAGGGACAGCUCCUCGGUGAUCCAGCUGGUGUCCAGGGCUGGCGUCCGCGUGGACAGCAGGGCGGUGGAAGUGCUGGAUGGCCAGCCAGAGGAUGUAUCUGUGGUUUUUGAAGCACUGCACAACCAGGAGCCCCGGGGAUAUGUGGUGGGCUGGAUUAUCGCCAUCAGUCUCUUAGUGGGAAUCCUUAUCUUCUUGCUACUGGCUGUGUUGCUGUGGAAGAUGGGUUUCUUCCGUCGGCGGUAUAAGGAGAUCAUCGAGGCAGAGAAGAACAGAAAGGACAGCGAUGAGAGUUGGGAUUGGGUCCAGAAGACCCAAUGAGGAGCAUGCCUUCACCACAGCCAUUAUGUCAUUGGCCCCUCGGCCUGUCCGCCAGCCAAUGGGAUCCAGCCCCUUCGAUCUUCCAUAUGUGGAAGAAAAGAAUCUUCUCCAGAUUUUUCGGAGGCUCAAAACUUUAGGUUGGUGAAAAUGAAGAGCGGGAAUUGUGGAUGAGAUGGACUGAAGAUCAAACAUUUUUAAAGAGAAAGACUUAAACAGAUAUUUCAAAAAUAAGAGUGGACAAGAAAAUAAAACCCUCAGGGCCUUGAAUGUCUCACAAGCUUUUUAUUUUUAUACAUAUAUGCUUCCUGAAUUGAACAGAACUGAUGCUACAAACUCCUUGAAUGGUUUGAAAUAUCUGAUGUUUUCUUCUAAGCACUGAUGACUGUUAUGCUUUAAAACUCAACCUCUGGUUGUUACGCAAGUGUCCGGCAGUGGCUGUCACCAAUGCCACUGUCAGACGGCUUUUUUUUUUGUAGAAAUGAACACUGUGCCUGAAGUCACAUGUCUUCUUCAUGUGGCAGGUGAGUUGAAAAUAGAGGUGUUGAUGUAGAUCCCAGGCUGUGCAGAACAGGAACACAGUCUGCUAAAGCCUACAGAUGCAUGUCAGCCAAGAGCUGCCACACACUUGUUCCUGCAGGAGAAUGCCAGGCUGUGAAGCAGGCACUUCAGGGUCGGGCAUGAAAGUACUCAGAUACUCAGAAACAUUCCCUCAUCCUUGGAAUAGAGCUACGUGUGUGUGGGGGGGAUAUAGUGCAGAGGAACACACAGGGUGGUAGAUGAUCAAUGUGCAGGCAAGUGUCUUGUCCAGUGGGCUACAGGAUCUCUUCUGCCUUUUGUACAUCAGUCCUCUAAAUUCACUUGCUUGCACAGAUUUGCCUGAAGGACAGAGUGGUGAUACCUGUGUGUUUGUGUUCAAAGUGGACUCCACUGUGGCAGCAUGCAGUGGCAUCCCCUAUGCCUCACUGCGCAACACUGAUCUUCUUUCAGGGCAUUUUGUGCUGGAAUCUGUUCCCCUGGAGGAUCUCCCUGUGAUUGGGUGGAAUGUUCCUUGAAUUGGACCCACAAAAAAAAAUUCAGUUCAAGGCUUGCCUUACUGAAAGCACACUUUGACCAUUUUUUUUUUCUUAUUGCCUUGGAUCUGAUUAUCUGCACUCCAGCACACCCCAUUAUCAGAGCUGUCAAUCCAAACCCUGUUCUACUGAAGAACUCCCUGUAUUCUACUCUGCAGUUUGCCAGUGGUAACCAUCUGUUUCUCUCGCAAGUGUGUGUGGAUUAUGCCUCCAGCUUGACACUGCAACAGGUUUAGUGUCUAGGGGUGUUGUGUGGCUUAGUGGGCUAAACAUCUGCAUCUGGGACCAGAAGGUCACUGGUUUGAGCCCAGCCUUGGCAGAAUAGUAACAUGGCUGUGGGCCUUUGAGCACGGCCCUUAACCCGCAGCUUCCAGGGAGCCACAAGGUGGCUGCCCCUUUGCUGUGACCUCUCCCCCUCCCUCCCCAAGCUAGCUCUCACCUGUAUAGAGAUGAAGCAAAGUGAAGAGAAUUUCACAGUGGGGAUCGAUAAAGCAUGACUAUCCAUUCCUAAAGUACUUGCCUGCAGUGUCAUCACAAAAUGUACUUCUCACGAAUUAAAAAUAUGCAAAGCAACCAAUCUGCUUGACAGAGUUUUUAAGAAAUGAAGUGAGAAAAUCAAUAGACCAAAAGCAGACGAUGCGAACAGUAUCACUAGUGACUGGGAUGCUCAGUAAUGUUUGUUAUACAUUUUUAACAUCAGGUGGUUAAAACAUAAGUGGGAAUGCAGUUGCUGUAAUAAUUACCCUAAAGUUCCGCCUACCUCAGGGCUGUGAUGGAUCUCUGGUGAUCUUCUGGACCUGCAGCGUCUGGCUUUUGAACUCUGCUUUGUUUUGUCUUCAAAAGCCACCUGCUUUUGCUUUGUAUUAGCAAAGAAUAAGAGGCGAGGUGAUCAGUCUGGGUAUGUUCAUCGUCUCUGCUGGAUUCCUCAGUAACUCUGCACCACAGAACGUGUGUGAGAGCAGAUGCAGACUGUUUUGAGUAGGAGCUUUUCAUAAAAUGCUGGGUGAUUUGUGUUCCUCCGUUUCUAACAAGUCGUAAGGAAGGAAAGCUCUGAUGACAUGAUGAUUUAUGGCUGGAUGAGAGACGGGAUGGGAAUAUGUUUACUGUUGGGUGCAGAGCCCCUCAAAGUCCAGAGGGAGCGAGAUGUCAUGAGCUAAAAAUAAAUGAGGAAUGUGGUACUUUAUCUCCAUUUGAAUGGUUGUGUACAAGUCAGUGCCGCAUGGUUAUAGUAAAUGGUCCUUGGAAGUCAGCAUGCUGGAAUGCAAGCAGGAAGCUGCAACUUGUAUGCUGUGACCUACAAAAACACUUUGACUUUUAACUCCAAUAAUCACUGGCAGAUUUUGGGCACAGGACCUGCAAACUUGUCUGAAGUCUGGUUAAUACCCUGUUAGACAUGGCUGGGGGGGAUAUGACAAGGGAACCACUUAGAUCAUGGUUUUAAAGACACCAUAUAGAACAAACCUAUGAAGGGGCAGUAAACGCUGUGGAAUUAAAGAACUGAUCUGAGGUCAGUUAAGAGGGUAAGAACUUGGGUGCCGCUUCUAAGGCCUUGACUGCACAAUUUGGAACAAGGGAUGAGGCAUCAAACUUGCUGUCCUUCGUAUUUCUUGUUGACUAAGAAUGAAAAUCCACCUUGAAUGGUUGUUUGUGCUUGAGUGGGAAAGGAUGACCCUCUUAAUAUCAUCCCUUGCUAAACCAGCUCACUUCUGUGCUCUGUUAGAGGUGGUUGUAUCUUGAAUAUAUUUUAUCAGUUGCUACCACUGGCUGGACAAAUACACAACAGCUAUAACUCUGUCUUUAACUGACUUGGCUUAGUAAUUUGUAUAUAUUGAUGCAGAGAGAAGAUACACUUGACAUUCAACACGUGAGUCUAAAUUUUUUUGCUGUUGUUUUUUAGUACUACGUUGUCACCUCUGUCACUUAUUUCCUAUAUCUUUCAGUCAAAAACUACUGCCACUGAAAAUUGAUGUAAAAGUAUUUCUAUAUGACUGGUGUGUCCAAGCUCAUGUUAAAACUGUGUAUUUAUGUACUGAUAUUGACAUGUUAAAAUAAAAGCUUUGCGGUUAAUGAA